UACACAAUAAUCCAAGAUCAUCUUCUUCACCGCCCGUCGCACCCUUCACCUCUUCACUUGCUCAUUCUCAUCACUGGCAUCUUCCGGUUCAUCCACGGCGCCCCGGUUUCUUUCAGGCUUGCAAAGUCACUUGCGCUAUGAACAGUGUUCUGCCCGUCGAUCACUUGCUGGCGCCGCACCUUCUCGCCAACAACCACUUCUCUCCCUCAAGAGACUCCUCCUCAUCCACCAUGUCGAACCGAAAGCGGAAAGCUUCAGAUGACCCGGUGGACCACGACCGCAUGUCCACCUCUCCCAGCGCCUCUCCCUCCAUCGCCGGCCGACCCCUUCCACCACCGCGCAGCAUCAAGAGAUCACGAACAGGAGCCAUCAACGGCCGUCCUCUAGCCCUACCUCGACUCCUCGAGACCCUCUCCGCCGACCAAAUGCGGCAACUUCUCCAAAACGUCUGCGACCAACAUCCCGAACUCCAACAUGAAAUCGUCACCAAAGCGCCCCGACCGUCCAUCCACUCCACCCUGUCCGUCCUCAGCAAAUAUGAAACUGCCUUCCGCGAAGCCUUCCCUCUCGGCAACCGCACCACCUCCGACUACGCAUACAACCGAGUCCGACAACAUCUCCUCCAACUCAUCGAAGCGGUGCGAGAAUACACACCUCACUUCCUCCCACCCCACGAAACGCAAGACGGCCUCUCUCUCGCCUACCUCGACUCGGUGACGGAUAUGAUCCACCGCCUACCCGACUGGGACACCUACGCCCAUCAACGAUACAAGCACGAAGCGUACGAUGAGAUUUCAAAAGCUUGGGCGUUGGUGAUCAGAGAGGCUGCGAAGCGGGCGGGUGGAUUUCACCUGCAAUUUGGAGGAUGGGAUCAUAAGUUGGUGGAACACAAUCAGAAGAGUGGAGGGAAAAUGGAGGAGGCUGUCAACGAGCUCAAGGCUGCGACGGGAUUCUUGCAGGCGGGAAGUGCUGCUCCUACGGGUGUAUCAGAGGAGCGGGCGAGUAUACGGCAGCAGCUGUUUUCGGGAACGUAUGGACAGCAACUCGGUGUCGGACCUAGUAGCGGGUGGUAG